AUGUUAUGUCUAGGGGCAAUAAAGAUACGUCCCAGUACGAGAUACCUUUGCCAAUGGUCUGCUCGGAACCUAAAGGUCAAUUUUGAUGGUCAUAUUGGUAGGAAUAAAAGUUUCUCGGGCGUUGGAAAAAGGUAUUAUGUGAACAUUCCAAAAGCUCCACAAAUCGCGCAAAAAGGUUCGGUGCUCGAGGAAUUUGGGUAUGACCUGACAAAGUUGGCGAUGGAGGGGAAGUUGGACCCUGUAAUUGGACGCGAAGAAGAGAUAAGACGUACCAUUCAAGGUAUUUCGAACGAGGUACCCCUUGCCAAAGCCGGCUUAAGUAGAUUACCGGCGUCAAUAGAACGGCGAGAGAAAUUACAGAAAGAGUUGAAAGAGAAACAAAAGGAAUACGAUCAGCUUGUUGAUAUAUGGCAAGCAGAAAGAGCGAAGUUAGAAGGAAUUAAAAAGAUAAAAUCACAAUUAGAGCAGGCGAGAAUAGAAUUGGAAUCCGCGCAACGAAAGGGAGAUCUUAGUAGGGCAAGUGAAUUGAGAUAUGGGGUAAUUCCUGAAUUAGAGAAGAAACUACCAAAAGAGAGUGACGAAACUUCAAAUGAAUCGUUGAUUCAUGAGUAUGUCACAGCCGACGACAUUGGAGCUGUAGUGUCGAGGAUGACCGGAAUUCCCAUACAUAAUCUAUUGAGAAGCGAGCGGGAUCGAUUGAUUCACAUGGAAGAAAAGUUAUCGGAAAGAGUGGUUGGUCAGAAAGAAGCGAUUAAGGCGGUAUCAGAAGCCGUUAGGAUGAGUAGAGCUGGAUUGCAAAAUCCCUCGAGGCCAAUAGCUAGUUUCUUGUUUCUUGGUCCAACGGGUACUCCAUUGUCAAUAAUCUGA